UUGUAUUGGUAACUAAGGGCAUAAAUACAAACAAAACAAAGGUAAUGUUGGGCUACAAUAUUAGUUUUAGUAGAUAGACAUGUAAGAUGUCAGACGGGACAUUUCUAGUGUCCAUAUUUGGACAAAUUGAGUAUAUAGAAACGUUAGCAGCUGCUGGAACAUCUUGGCACUGUAAAUACGAAUUUGUGUCUGGAGCAGAUUGGAAAAUAAUUGGAGGAAUAGAGGCAGGACUAUCCCAAAUGGCAAAUGCUAUUAAUAAUGGAGACAAAAUUGUUCUGAAUUUUCCUGUAGAGGUGCAGUUUAAGUCUACUAACCCCUAUGGAUGGCCUCAGUUAGUCCUUAGUGUAUAUCGAGGCAUGCAACUAGAAGGAUAUGGUAGGACACAUAUUCCCUUACGUCCAGGAUCACACUCUCUGGAAGUAAAUUUGUCAAAACCACAAGCUUCAUCCUUGCUGGGUUAUAUAGGAUCAUUUUUUGGAUAUCAACCUGAAUUAUUACAGCCUAAAAUGUUGGCUACCACAGCCGGAAAUAAUUUAAUUAGAAUGGAAUCAAAUGGGACUGUUUUAUUAUCCCUAAAUCUUAUAAGUCAGGGACUCCAAACCUUAGGAUAUGAUGUUGGAAAAAUGAAGGACUAAAAAUAAAUAAAAUAUAAUUUGAAACUUUAGAAUCUGUAUUUUGACAUCAAAAAAUUCCGAAGUGGCUGGAUUUUAGGUAUAUAGAAUGUAUGGUAGAACCAUUUUAUAUAGGUAUGGUACCAUAUAUGUACCAUACCGUUCUCCGUGUUUUUUUCAUGAAAAAAUGCUAAAAUUGAAAGUUGCUGAACUCUAAAAUAUCAAUAAAAAAUAUAAAAAUGUUAAUAUCAAAAUAUAAAGAAUACAAUUUUUUGGCGCCCUCUAUCUUUUU